AUGGCGGUCCGCUGCCAGUUUGAGAACUCGUCCGAGGUGGGCGUCUUUGCCCGCCUCACCAACUCUUACUGCUUGGUCACGAUCGGUGGCUCGACCAACUUUUAUUCUUCCUUUGAGACGGAGCUCGGUGACCUGAUCCCCGUCGUGCACUGCUCGAUUGCCGGCACGCGCCUUGUCGGCCGCCUGACGGUCGGCAACCGCCACGGCCUGCUCGUGCCGAUGACGACUACAGACCAGGAGCUCCAGCACCUGCGGAAUAGUCUGCCCGACUCGGUCGCGAUCCAGCGUGUGGAAGAGCGGCUAAGCGCGCUCGGCAAUGUGAUUGCGUGUAAUGAUUAUGUUGCGAUUGUGCACCCCGACCUCGACCGCGAGACGGAGGAGAUUAUUGCCGAUGUGCUCAAGGUCGAAGUCUUCCGGCAAACGGUCGGCGACAAUGUGCUCGUCGGCUCCUACGCGACGCUCUCUAACCAGGGCGCGCUCGUGCACCCCAAAACUUCGCUGCAGGACCAGGACGAACUUUCGUCGCUGCUCCAGGUCCCGCUGGUCGCCGGAACCGUGAACCGCGGUUCGGACCUGAUCGGGGCGGGGCUGCUCGUCAACGACUGGGCCGCUUUUGUCGGGAUGGAUACCACGGCUACCGAGAUCUCUGUGAUCGAGUCCACCUUCCGGUUGCAAGGCCAGGAGGCGGGCGCGGUGGUCAACGAGCUGCGUGAUGCUUUGGUCGAUUCGUACGCGUAA